GUCACAUGCAGCCCAGCGGGAGACGGAGAGGGUGAAGCUCCCCCCAAUUCCUGCGGCACAACGGGCACAAGACGGUCCCUGGGACAUGAAUUGAGCCCCAUUCUCCCACCGGCUCGCGCGAUGUUAUCCGCAUUCACCGCGCGGCCGCUGGUCGAGCUCAAGCCGCGCGACAAAUCGAAAAUCGACUCAGUCCUCGCCUACGGCGAUUGCCUCCUCGCCGGGCUCAACAACGGCACACUCCGCAUCUACCGCGUGACCGACGACGGCAAUACCGAGCUGCUGCGUGAGCUAGAGAAGUUUGCCCGUUACAAGAUCGAGCAGCUAGCACUCGUGAAAGAGGCGAAAGUGCUGGUUUCCCUGUCCGGCGGCUAUGUCAGUCUGCACGACUCGCAGACAUACGAGCAGCAGCAGCAGCUGGCAGCUACAAAGGGCUGCUCUGCGUUUGCAGUCACCUCCAAUGUCGUCAAUGACGCGGAUACCAAUGUCCCCGCCAUCGUGUCGCGGGUGGCGGUCGCCGUGAAACGCAAGAUCCUGAUGUGGGUGUGGCGUGACAUGGAGCUGGAGUCGGAUACUAUGGAGUUGAGCCUGGCCAGCGCGAUCAAGACGCUGACGUGGGUAUCAGCGACACGGAUAGUCGUCGGGCUAAGCUCCAGCUUUGUUCUGGUGGAAAUCGAAUCGGGCCAAGUGAUCGAGCUGCCGGGCCCCGGCAGUGUGGAAGAGGCUGGGCGGUUCACCGGGGUCGGGGCUGCGAGCAUGAGCUACAUCGGGAUGGGGGGUAUGGUGCCGCGGCCGCUGGCUACGAGGCUGCAGGAAGGCCAAAUUCUGCUAGCGAAGGACAUCAAUACGCAUUUUAUUGAUGUGGAUGGGCAGGCGCUUGGGCGACGGCAGAUCCCGUGGAGCCAUGCGCCGGUAGAGAUUGGGUAUUCGUAUCCGUUUCUGCUGGCGCUGCAUGAUACGGCGAAGGGGGUGCUGGAGGUGCGGAAUCCGGAGACUCUGUCGUUGUUGCAGUCUAUUCCAUUGCCGUCGGCGAGUAUACUGCACAUUCCCCAGCCGAACAUCAGCCUUGCGCAUGCAGGUAAAGGGUUUCUCGUCGCGAGCGAUCGGACUAUCUGGCGCAUGGAGGCCCUGAGCUAUGAUACGCAGAUUGACUCUCUGGUUGAGAAGGGUUAUCUGGAUGAGGCAAUCAGCCUGUUGGGCAGCCUGGAGGACGCCCUGUUGCAGGACAAACCGGGCCGACUACGCAAGGCCCAGCUUGAAAAAGCCCAGAGCUUAUUUGCUCUGCGUAAAUACCGCAAGUCGUUGGAUCUAUUCACCGAGAUCGCUGCCCCUCCCGAGACGGUUAUUCGGCUGUAUCCUAGCUUGAUUGCAGGUGACCUGUCUACCGUUCCGGAGCACAAUGGAUCGGACACGAAAGUCAAUGGCAACGGCGAUUGCACUGAUGGCUCGUCUGAAGCUGCACCGGCGGAGCAAUCUCUCUACGCCCCUUCGUUCAGGUCAUUGCUUCGAAAAACUGAAGAUGGGAGCGACACUAGCAGUGUUCGCGGCGAGGAUAAAGAUAAAGACAAAGAUCUCAAGAAUUCCGUGCGUGAACUCCAGGGCUACCUGGCGGAUGUGCGCCGACGUUUUCAACGAUUUUUGGGCCCAGAUGGCUCACUCAAAGUCCCUGCACCUACAGAAGCUACGGAUGAGGCUAGUGACUCCGUGCUCAAGCUCCUCGAUUUCCCAUCCCCAGAUGAUUUCUUAACCACUCUACGCUCCAAGGCGCGGCUGGUCGACACCACAUUGUUCCGUGCACACAUGUAUGCAACGCCCUCGUUGGCCGGAUCUCUGUUUCGAAUUGCCAAUUUCUGCGACCCAGAUGUGGUCAUGGAACGCCUCGAGGAGACUGGCCGAUACAACGAUUUGAUCGACUUCCUCUACGGCAAGAAGUUGCAUCGCCAAGCCUUGGAAUUGUUGCUUCGGUUUGGACAAGAAGAAUCCGGACUCCUGGCCGGCCCAACGCGCACCGUUGCGUACCUACAAAAUCUGCCGCCCGAUCAGAUUGACUUGAUUCUGGAGUUUGGGGAAUGGCCCGUCCGCGAGAACCACGAACUUGGCAUGGAAAUCUUCCUGGCCGAAACUGAAAACGCCGAAACUCUGCCGCGGUCCCGGGUGCUUGCUUUCCUGGAGCCAAUUGAUCGGAAACUGGCUAUUCAGUAUCUGGAGCAUGUCAUUCACGAGUGGAAUGACAUGAGCCCGGAUCUUCACCAGCGGCUUUUAACGCUGUUUCUUGAUCAGAUCAACGCUGAUAAGAAAGAUACUGCAUGCAAGGAUAAGUUCCUGGCCAUGCUCAAGGAGAGCGAGCAAUAUUCGCCAGCCAAGAUGUUGGAUCGCUUGGACCGAGAGGAUCCCGAUUUCUACGAGGCAAGAGCUGUCGUAUUCAGCAAAAUGGGCCAGCACCGCCAGGUGCUGGAGAUCUACGUUUUCAAGUUGGAGGACCAUCAGAAAGCAGAGGACUACUGCAACCAAGUUCAUCUCUCGGAAAGCACACCCCAGUCCGAGGACGACCAAGAAAGCUCCAUCUACCUCACCCUUCUCUCCCUCUAUCUUGCACCACCGCACGGAUAUCAGCCCCAAAAUGGCCCCGCGCUGGCUGUCCUCGCCAAACACGGGUCUCGGCUACCGGCAGACGCGGCAUUGAGCCUGAUUCCUGCCGCGCUGCCUGUACGCGAACUGGAGUUCUACUUCAAGGGCCGGAUGCGUGCAGCCAAUUCGGUGUUCAACGAAGCCCGCAUCGUGGCGAACCUGCGCAAGACACGCGAUAUGCAGACCCAGGCCCAACUCGUGCUGGGCGAAGGUGCUCGGGGCGGCGGGACCCGGGCUCGCCACGUCACCGUCACCGAGGAGCGGAUUUGUGGUGUGUGUCACAAGCGACUGGGAGGUAGUGUGAUCAAUGUGUUCCCCGACAACACCGUCGUCCAUCUGGGCUGUGCGAACCGCGUGCCCAGCAUCCGUUCCGGGUAG